UCUCAAAAUGGUUGAUAUGCACUCGCAGUUCGUUGCCGGAACCCAAAGCAAAAACUGUGGUUCGAUACGCAGAUGCAAGCUGGAAAUGUUUUUCAUUUUUCUCUUAAGCUAAGACUACAGACUACCAAGGCUGCUAGCCAUCGUUGCAAGAAACAAAAAGAUACGGAGCGCUUUUCGAAAACUAGCUAUGAAAACUACACAGUGUAGAAGUAACUACUGAAGUUGAAAAAUAUUGACCCCGCCAUCACUGCAGUGACAUGAAUAUGUUUGGAAAUUUUUCCGAGACGUGGUCGUGGACCGCGCAUUUGCUUGGAUGUCUCGUCUUGACCAAAGCGUUUUACGCGGUGGCGCAGUGGACGUACAUAUGCUUCUUUCGGCCGGGGAAGGACUUGAAGAAGUGCUACGGCGAGUGGGCUGUGGUGACGGGCGCGACAGACGGGAUCGGCAAGGCCAUCGCGCAGGAACUCAGUAAGCAAGGCAUGAAGGUCGUUCUGCUCAGCCGAACUUUGUCUCGCCUCGAGGAAACGCAGAAGGAACUUCGAGGGGAGUCCGCAGUUUGCGUUGUGGACUUCUCCAAUUACGAUGAUGCAGCACGUGCCAAGGUUGCGGCUGUGCUCAAGGGGAAAGGUGCUUACUUACUUAUUUUUCUUUCGGCAUAAGAAUCAACAACUCUUUCUGGUAUUUUUCUGUGCACAGUUCUGGUCUCUGCUUUGCUGGGAUCAUUGCGAUAUAAAAGUAGUACUUUAACGUCCAAACAAACAAAAUCAAUGCAGAUGUGGGGCUUCUGGUAAACAACGUUGGCAUCAGCUACGACCAUCCCGCCUUCUUUCACGAAGUCGAAAAGGACCGACAAGAGCAGCUGAUUAGCCUCAACGUGACAGCCACAACGCGAAUGACAGCUGACUGUUUGCCAGCCAUGCUGGAGAAGAAAAAAGGAGCAGUGGUACACUCAAAUUCAAACGUGAUUCGCAUUUGAGCUUGACUAGGCUCGUCUAUACUUUCUUUGACAUCGGUUUUGUUACCCGUUCUAGCACAUGCGAAUUAUGCCAUCUUGACUGCUAAGGCGAGCCUGUCUGUAACAAAAUCAGGGAAGCAGCAGCGGAUGUUCUUUUUUCCGCACAAAACAUAUGUAAAGAGGACUCCAUGAAAGAAUAACAUAAACAUUCCUUUCCAGGUCAACAUAGCAUCUAUCUCGGGCGUCAGCUCGAGUCCGUUGCUCACGCAGUACUCUGCCACCAAGGCCUACGUAAUCCGGUUGACCGAAGGCUUGAGUGCGGAGUACGAAAAGAAAGGAAUCCAUUUCCAGUGCCAGUAUCCGCAUUUUGUCACCACAAAAUUAGCCAAGCUACGCAAACCCUCGCUCACCAUCGCCAGUCCGAAUGCAUACGCGAAAGCAGCGGUGCGCGCAAUCGGCUAUGACAGUAUACUUGGAAACUACACUUUUUCUAUCGGCAUUGCAAUUCGUUGUCUUUGCUUGUGCUGAUUGAAAAAAAAAUCGAUGUUAAAACCGAAAUAACAGCCCUGAUCAGUCCAUAUUGGAGUCACUACGUGUGUGCCGAAUUGCUGGCGAAGUUACCGUUGAGUCUGCAGAGCAUGGCCUUAAUGCAGAUGCACCUCCCCAUCCGCUCGAAGGCGCUGAAGAAGAAAGCAGAACAAGCCAAGCAGCAGUAAUUCUAAUUGGGGUUCCGCAUUCAAGCAGCCCGCGCAGUAUGUACAUUGGUUGGAGAACCUGCACGCAGCGCGGUGAUAGACGGGAAGCUUUUGACGAAAUUUUUGCUACUACGGACGACGCUACCAUACCUAUGAAGUAUGUAUCGACAUCAAGUACAGCUACAGACGACUCACUUUUUUUUUGCUUUUAAAGAUUUCACUCUGUACGCACACACACAAAGAUCUACUCCAGCGACAUCAUAUUAUUCAUACGCGGAACGAUCAGUCAGCAUGCUGACUUCUACUUCACAAAUAUCCCUAUGAGCAACUACAACCCCUUUGAUGUCAUUGUCAAUCCCUCUUUUUUUGCGUUUUGGCUCAUGUCGAAAGUACACCACGAGCUGACUUUUGUGGUCCCCUGUCGCGGGUAUCUAUCAUGACCAAUCAAUGUUUUGCGACCUCACCUGAUGCUUUCUGACGCGAUCGUUGUUAUUGCGGAACUCGGAGAAUCAAAAAGCAAUACAUGUUUGCCCACACUGGCGCAUGUCAUCUAGCAAGUCACGAAGACUACAACUGACUAUUCUUCAGGCCUUGAUGGCAGUUUUUCCACGCGGCGCUGCCCAAGAUAAAAGCAAUUUAUGCAACCGAUUUGCAUUUGG